GAGGGUGGUUCAUUUACAUCGUGACCUAGUAGUUUUCAUUUAAAAAACGCCACUUCAACAAGACUGAAAGUUUUAUAAUAUUUUUUCACGGAUGUGAAGGGACCGUUGGUUGCAAAGACAGGAAGAGUGGAAUGGUGGGAAGAGGCACACGGGGGUGGUAAAAAAGUCCAGGCAGCUCUGUAGGGUGUACGGCCAGUGAGGCUCUCGGUCUGGGACCAGGCAGCACAUAGGAAACCUUCGCACACAUUGGGGUUCUGCUAUAUAUUUCGUAAACUCUGAUUAACAAUGAAACUCGUAUGUUUUCCCAUCCUUUCAUGGAUAUGUUUAUGUGCACUUUCCUCGCUGGUGAACUGUGGAGAUCAGCGUAUACCGGAGGAUAAACUUUUAGUUUUGACUGUUGCAACCAAAGAGACAGAUGGCUUCAGGCGUUUCCUGAGGUCGGCCAAGCACUUCAACUACACUGUAAAAGUGCUCGGCCAAGGCGAGACGUGGAGGGGAGGUGAUUACAUGUCGGCUCCAGGAGGAGGUCAGAAGGUUCGCCUGUUGAAAGAUGCUGUGGUGGAGAUAAAGUCCGAGGACCAGGUCAUCCUUUUUAUCGACAGCUACGACGUGGUUUUUGCCUCGGGUCCUAAAGAGCUUCUCAGGAAGUUCCAGCAGGCCAAACACAAGGUGGUGUUCUCCUCAGAGAGCCUCAUCUGGCCAGACAGACACCUGGAGGACAAGUACCCCCAUGUCAGGGAGGGCAACAGGUUUCUGGGUUCAGGAGGUUUCAUGGGCUACCUUCCCAACAUCAGAGAGAUGGUUGCUAACUGGACGGGAGCAGACAGUGACAGCGACCAGCUCUUCUUCACAAAGCUUUACAUAGAUCCAGCUAGAAGGAAGGCCUUAAACAUCACCCUGGACACAAAGUGCAGGCUGUUCCAGAACCUUCACGGCGCUCUUGAUGAGGUGGUGCUGAAGUUUGAAGACGGUCGAGUUCGGGCCAGAAAUGUACAGUAUGACACGCUGCCCGUCAUCCUCCAUGGAAACGGACCAACUAAGCUCCAGAUGAACUACCUGGGUAACUACGUCCCCAACUCGUGGACGUUUGAGACCGGUUGCACCGCUUGCCUCGAGAACCUGCGUCCACUCUCAUCCCUGAAGGAAAGUGAGUACCCUCUGGUGGUGAUCGGGAUCUUCAUUCAGCAGCCAACGCCAUUUGUAUCUGUCUUCUUCGAACGUCUUCUGAAGCUCCAGUACCCGAAGAACAGACUCAAGCUCUUCAUUUCCAACCGGGAGCCUCAUCAUGAGCAGCAGGUCAGCUCCUUCCUGCAGAAUCAUGGGAGUCUGUACCAGGAUGUAAAAUCCAUCCGGCCUGAGGAGGAGAUGGAUGGAGCAGAUGCUCGUGACUUGGCCUUUGACAUGUGCCGGAAAGACAAGGAGUGUGAUUAUUUCUUCAACUUGGACAUUGAGGUUGUCCUAAAGAACGAGAACACAUUGAAAAUCUUGAUUAAGCAAAACCUGCCCAUCGUGGCGCCCAUGAUAACUCGAGCGGGCCGACUGUGGAGCAAUUUCUGGGGGGCGCUCAGCGAGGACGGCUACUACGCCCGAUCUGAGGACUACGUGGACAUCGUCCAAGGACGGAGAGUGGGCUUGUGGAAUGUACCGUACAUUUCCAGCGUCUACUUGGUGAAGGCGAGCCUGCUGCAGGCAGAGCUGAAGGACUACCAACUGUUUACCUCAGAGAGCUUAGACCCCGACAUGGCUUUCUGCCACAACGUUCGCAGCCAGGGUGUCUUCAUGUACGUAAACAACUUACACACAUUUGGCCGCAUUCUGUCGACAGAGAAGUACAAGACAGAACAUCUUCACAAUGAUCUGUGGCAGAUCUUUGAAAAUCCUCUGGACUGGCAGGAACGUUACAUCCACGAGAACUACACCCGCAUGAUUAAGGACAAACUGAUAGAAAAUCCAUGUCCAGAUGUUUACUGGUUCCCAGUGUUCACUGAUGUGGCCUGUAACCAUCUCGUUGAAGAAAUGGAACACUUUGGCAAGUGGUCAGGAGGGGGAAAUGUGGACACCAGAAUCCAGGGGGGCUAUGAGAACGUCCCUACCAUCGACAUCCACAUGAACCAGGUCAACUUUGAAAAGGAAUGGCAAAAGUUCUUGCUGGAGUUUGUUGCACCCAUAACAGAGAAAAUGUUCCCUGGGUACUACACCAAGGCUCAGUUUGACUUGGCCUUCAUAGUUAGAUACAAGCCAGACGAGCAGCCCUUUCUGCGGCCGCAUCAUGACGCCUCUACAUUCACUAUAAACAUUGCACUCAAUCAAGCCGGCGUUGACUACCAGGGUGGUGGAUGCCGCUUCCUCCGAUACGACUGCUCUCAGGCUCCCCGAGGCUGGGCCCUCAUGCACCCCGGCCGCCUCACUCACUACCACGAAGGCCUGCCCACCACUGCGGGGGUCCGCUACAUUGCAGUGUCCUUUGUGGAUCCCUGAACUUCACCACAGCAUAUUCCAGACUGUAUGGGACACUGUGAUGCCCAAAAAAAAAAUCUGACAUUUUUUAAAAUUUUUUUAUCUUUGUCUCCAAAACAUUUCUAAUUAGUUCAAUCACCGAUACUCUAUGUUGACUGUGAGCUGUAGUUCGUCAUCAUUUACUAACUGAGUUGGGUAAGUUUCAAUUCUAACAUGUGAAAAUACAACAACUUACUGGGAACGUAAAGAAGAUGGGGAUCUAAAGAUUUCUCAAUGAAUCGUGCCUUAUUUGAAGCAGUUUUCCCAGGCUCUCAUGUUUCAUUGAACGCACCAAAGGGGCAAAAUCAUGUUAGUUUGGAAGUGGAGAAUGACAUUUCACCUCAGCUGUGUUCCAGUUAGAGUCCCAGAACUAAACAGAAAAGGAGUGUGAAACCAUCCUCCUGACUCUGAUUGGUUGUUUCUGACCAACUGGCUGUUUUUCUACAGAUGGCAGUAGGACACCAGGGAGGAGAUUUGUUCAGUCUCAUAUCACAACAUAGUGACAGUUUUGGCAGAUGUGUAAAAAGCAAUUUUUUUAAAAUAAAAAUUGCAACUUUUACUGGAUUUGUGGGGAUAAAUAAAGGAAGUUGGUCAAAUACAAAAUUAUUCUUCAAGAGGCUGUCCCUGGUGGUCAACUGAGAUAUUGCAUGUAGGCCUGCGGCAGUAACAAACUUUGCUGGACAACACAUGUCACAGAAAUAAUUGCCAUGAUGGAUAAUAUUUCAUGACCAUAUUCAAGUAAUAUAAUAGUAACAUAAUGUAAGGUCACCCUCUGAAAAACGUGAUACUGCAACCCACAAAAUGUCAUCAUUCCCAGUUCUUCCUCAAAGUAAGUUGUAAAAAUAAAUUGAACAAAUGUUAUGGGUGCACAUGCAUCCUGGGAUUUGUAGGCCACUGUAAUACAGAAGUUUACAAACAGACAUUUGAUUUUAAACUGAAGAUUUAUCAUGGAUUCUCCAGGGACCACCGACGCUCCAGCUUGGAGUGGAUUUAACAAAUCGUUUUAUUCUCCUUUCAAGUAACUGAUCAUCCUCUCUGACAUCCAGACAUUCAUCUUAGCAGCAACAAUAGCUCACAGCAGGAGGUGAAGUAGGUCGGGGUUUAUGGAUCAGAAUCUCAGGAGAAAAUCCUUAGUUUUUAGAUAUAUUUAGUUUGAUGUUAAGCUUUGCUUAAAUCACCAGUGCCUUUUUCUGUAUCCUAGCCGUUUUACUGAAAUACUCCAAAGUAAGUUUAUUUAUUCUUUUUUUAUAUAUAUAUGCUAGAUGUGAAACAGCUGGACUACCUGCAGAUGUUUGGAGUCAGCGCUGCAGUAUGGAAAUGAUCUGUAACACCGUUUGUCUCAUUAAGAAGUUGAAUGUGUUUUAUGGGAGAGGUUUGGAGAAAAUUACAAUAAAGCGGGGAAGCCAACCAAGAUGUGUUUCAGGCUCCUCACUUUCCUCUCAAAAGCAUCAACCUUAAAGGAUGAAUGGAGUCAAAUAUUCAUACUGGUGUCAUUUAUACCAACAUUACUACCAUUCAUGUAUCAAGGGGAAGAAAAGCUAUCCAAGACAAAGCAGGUGAUGUGGAAAAAGUAAUUCUCCCUUGUUAAGUCAAAGGUUUACUAUGAUUAAAUUUACAAAUCCUCCAAUAACCACUAGUUUUUUUUUUAACUCAGCAUCUAUCAGUCUGCUUGGGGUUACCAGUGCAUUUGGAAGGAUUUGGCUCUGGAUUGCUCCAGCAAACCUCAGCAAAAACAACAGACAUAUGUAACAUAUGUAGACACAGAAUGGCUGUGAACCUUUGUAGGAAAUACAAAAUUACUCCAGGAAUGCCAGAACACCUAAAGCUUUUUACUUAUUUUUUAAUAAAUGCAAAUGAGCAUUUUCACCUAUUUCAGAAAGGGAAAUUCAUAUAGGUUCACUGCACAUAAUGAAAUAUCCCCAGCCUUUAUUUCUUGUAAGAUUGCAGCUUAUAGUUAAAAGUCAGAAUCCUUUUUUUUUUUUUAACCAAAGUUUGUCCACAAAAGAAGCUUUGUUCUCAAAGAUAUUUAAAACAAGUAUAAAAUAAAGGCUUUUUUUUAAAGUACAUACACACAAACAAUGUUUUCAUAAAAGAGAAAGCCUAUACUGAAUUAGUGCAACUAUGGCAUUGACCUAUUGGAGAGUCUGUGGGGAAAAACGACUGAAUGAGAGAACCAGAACCAGGAGAUGACAGCCCAAACCAUCAUUGGUUUUGGAAACUUCAAGCAAUGUCAUUCUCUCUAUUGUUCCUUCAGACUCCAAUUUUUAAAUAAAAUACAAAUUGUUUAGCAGAUGUGAGCUGUAUGACUGUUAAAGGCUCAGGUUUGUUGCUGGACAGAAACAUUUUUUGAUGCUAAACUGCAUCUGCACUGUUUGUUUUGAGCCUGAGGAGAGUAAAGGCUGAAUUAUAGUCACAGGUUUAGUGCAUAGUCAUUUUCAUAUUUGUUGUUAGCCACGCCAGAACAGCAACGUUGAAAUGGAAUACCAAAUAAUUUUUUUGGUGUGCUGUAGUGUCCCUUAUAUGAAGGUAGGCUGACAGGAAAGGGGGAAGGAGAGAGGGGAAGACAUGCGGCAAAUGUCAUCAAGUCCGGGAGUUGAACCCACGACGGUCACGUCGAGGACUCAAGACCUCCAAACACGGGUUGCCCCACCAAAUCAUUUUUGCCAGUUUUGUAUUCUGGAUUUAGUGACAAGCUAGGAUUUCGGAUAAAGGUUUUAUUACAUAAAUGUACUACAUGUGGAAGUUUACAUGUCAAAAACAAAAUAAAAAAAAAAAAACACUAAAAUUUACCAAGAAACUCACUAGAAAUUCAAGAUAUGAGAGAAAGGUUAGCAGAGAUCAAG